CCGCCCCCCGCCGGCCCCGCCCGUUCCCGUUGCCGGUCAUGGCGGCGCUGCUGCGGCCCGGGCUGCGGGCGGCCGCGCUCCUCGCCAGGACCCCGCGGCGGGCGGCGGCGGCGUGGCCCGGGGACCCGGAGCCGCCGGACCCGGCGCUGGAGGAGGCGGAGAGGUUCCUGCGGCAGGAGCUGCCCGAAGAGUGGCCGCUGGAGCGCCUGGCCCAGGGGUUCGGCGUCAGCACCGACGUGGUGCGGCGGGUGCUGCGGAGCCGUGGCUGCCCUUCGCCGCGCCGCCGCCUGCGGCAGGACCGGCGGGCGCUGAGCGCCGCCGCGGCGGCACCGGGACACGAGCGCGAGGUGCGCGCCCCCGACGGGACGCUGCUGUACCGACUGCCGCGGGGCUGGGGCGGGCCGGGGCCCGGCGCGCAAUAAACGGUGUUGGGACCCGC